UUCACAUCAAUGGAACGCGGAUAAGGUACUUUCAUGGUAGCUCUAAAACUCACCUCUUUGCAAGUGACAUGGUUGUUCCAUCCCUAAUCCAUUGUAUCAAUAUUUGAGAUUGCUACCUGGGUUUCCAUUUUGUAAACUUCGUAGUUCUCCUGCUAUUUCAAUGUAUACCAAUAUUUCCAAAGCUCAGGCAUUUCCUCUCGCCACUAAAAUCUCUUCGCAACCCAGAUGCUUUAAUUCACUUCCCACCUUAAAGUCCCAAUCUUUACCAUUUGUUUCUCAUAAAAAACCAAUCUUGAAGAACCCCAGUUCACUCGAGCCCAGUUAUAAAUUUGGAUCCUUGGAAAUGGGAAAAUUAGCGAAUUCAUAUGGGUUGAUGCUGCGAAUUGCUAGAAGACAUUGUAGCGCGAGAAGUUUCUGUGGUGCAGGAAGUGCUGAAAAGCAACUUCCUUGGUUAGUUGCUAAUGAAGUUAAGGAAGGUAAAGUGAUGGAGAAAGCAAAAACGACUAAGAUUAGUAGCUCUAAUCAGGAGGGGUCAGCAAAGAAGGCAAGUAGUAAGUCCUCUUGGGAGCAAUCCAUUGAAAGGUUAGAGAAAGCAACAGUUCCAGAAUCAAAGCCGGGAUCAACAGCAGCAACAUUUUCUGUAAAAAAUGGUAUUUCAGCUGCAGCAAGUAAAGAAAGGAAGAAUGGGGUGGUUGAGAAGGUGAGAGAGCAUAGAAGUGAUCAUGGUAGAAGGUAUGGGAAGUUUGAUGAUGAUGAAGAAGAAGAAGAAGGGGUUGAUGAUGAAAUGGAGGAGGCUGUUGACGAUCCUAGGUGGGAUAACAUACAGAAUAGGUUCAAGGGGAUGGUGGGAGCUAAAGUUGGAUCAGAAAGACCUGAAUUUCGAAGAUGGAAUAAGCAGGAAAAUUGGGGUAGGAAGACAUGGAAAGAGACCACAGAAUCCACUAUGCCGAAGAUUGUUGGUGAGGGAAUUUAUGGGGUUGGUCCAGUUUUGGCUGCACUGUCAGCUGGACGAAGGGAAUUCUAUGCACUGUAUGUGCAAGAAGGAUUGGAUUUGAGUAGCAACAACAGGAAGAAGAAGGACAAGAAAGGGUUUGAGAAAGUUCUGAAGUUUGCUGAAAAGGUCAGUUUAAGUAUAAAAGAAGCAUCAAAACAUGAUCUGAAUAUGGUGGUUGAUAACCGUCCCCAUCAGGGUUUGGUUUUAGAUGCUUCGCCACUAGAGAUGGUGAAAAUAAAGGAACUUGACCCUGUUUCUAUUGAGGAGGGGAAGGGUUCCCUUUGGGUAGCCUUGGAUGAAGUUACUGAUCCUCAGAAUUUGGGGGCAAUAAUUAGGUCUGCUUACUUUUUUGGAGCUUCUGGGAUAGUGUUAUGUGCCAAGAAUUCAGCCCCAUUAAGCGGUGUUGUGAGCAAAGCAAGUGCAGGAUCGCUUGAAUUAAUGGAACUUAGGUAUUGCAAGAAUAUGAUGCAAUUCUUAGUGUCUUCUGCUGAAAAUGGUUGGCGAGUUCUUGGGGGCUCUGUCUCCUCUAAAGCUAUUUCUUUGGAUGAGGUUGUGCCUGGUCCUCCAACUAUUCUUGUUUUGGGCAGUGAGGGCACUGGUUUGAGGCCUCUGGUGGAGAGAUCAUGUACUCAGUUAGUUAGGAUUCCUGGGAACAUUCCUUUUGACUUAAAUACUAGUGAAUUGGAAGGUGAAAGUACUGGUUUGAAUUGUGAGAACUCUGGUAAAGAGUUCCUGUCAUUUUUGGCCGUGGAAAGCUUAAAUGUUAGUGUGGCAGCAGGUGUGCUUCUUCAUCAUUUAAUUGGGAAAAAGUUGGUAGAUUCACUGCCAGACGGGCAUAGACAGAAUGAUGUGUCUGAGUGAAACUGCCAGUAAAAGUGACCUAGAGAUGAAAGUUUCGGACACAUGCCCACACCGCCCACUGUUCCUGGUGUUUCCUGAGCUCAAUCCACCGAGUAUCAGAGCCAUGAUGCUUCAAGCUCUUGUUUGGUCUCAUUGAUGAGUGGCGAGGUAUCUGAAUAUGUUGGUUGAUAACCGUCCCCAUGCAGUUGCAGUUCCUCUGGAUCGAGCCUUAGGAUACGCAAUAUGCCUUGCAUUCCAAGGUUCUGCAAAUAAUGGGCCAUUGUAUAUAUUACCCGAUAAAUAUUCCAUGAUUAGGAAAAGGGUUUAUUCUGAAUCCUCUAAACAAGAUACUGAACUGCUUUUAUUUUUUUUGGGGUAUAUGUACACCCGAUAAUUCAUUAUUAAUUGAUCUCAUACUUCCUAGUCCCAAGCAAGGAUUGUAUGAUCCGUAAC